AUGCAGACAUUCUCGUCGACCUCACCAGCUUGCCCGAAAAUCACCACUCAACGACGAACAUCAUCACCACUUCGCAGCUUCACCACAACUCUACUAUUUAUUUCCAUCUUGAUCAUUGUAUUUUUCAUUGUGCAGUCACAUCAAAAUGUAGUAGAAAAACCGAAAAAGAGCCAAGAUUCGGAACAAGAAGAAAGUAAUACCAAGAAGGAACCUAAAGUCAUCAUAUUGAACGCAAAUGAUGACGACAAUGCUCUUGAUGAUAUACCUGAAGAUUUGAGAGACAGGCUUAAACUGGUUUUGGGUCAAAUCAAAAAUCAAUUUGGUCAAACUAAAGAUGAUCAAACAGCAGCAACGAAGAGUACUACCUCCAACGUUGAAACGAAACCAGGUACAACACCAAAGCCCACAUUUGACGAGAUUAAUUUCAAUUUUGUUGCGGAAGAUUAUAAUACCAUUAGCUAUGAUGAAAUCACAAAACCUCUCGACUACUCUUCAUUCCUAGAACCAAAUGAAUUAGUACCAUAUAAACGAAAACAAGAAGUUCGAGUUACCUAUCGGAGAAAACUCAUGUCAAAAAGAAUAGAAUCAGAGAAAAAAAAGACUGCCCAAGAACCAACAGUCAAUGAAGAAAGCUUGACGACUAAAUUAUUAGAAGCAAAAUCAAUUUUAAAUCCCGACCUUGAGGUAUAUGAUACUGAAAAUGUUGCUAAAGCAAUUAAUAUUUACGAGAACAUAAUUACUGAAGACAAAUCGAAUGCUCUAGCCAUGUACAAUUUAGCCACAGUUUAUAAGACUGAUAAAUUCGGGUUUAGAAAUUUUACUAAGAGCAAAAUGUACUAUGUUCUCUCGGCAGCUUUAGGAAAUUCCAUGGCUCAAUUUGAGGUUGCAUUGCUCUACAGCAACAAUUUAAUAACUGAGCAAGAUAUUUCAAAUGUAAAGCAAUUCAUGAUAGAUUUGUAUGGACAACCAUCAGAAAUGAAGAAAAAGUAUAACAUCAUUUUCAACAGUUUACCACAACAAUUGGAUAACACUGAAUCCAUAGCUCUACUUAAUUUAUUUUAUAGCUCUUUAGACGGAACAACGGGAGCUAAUAUUGCACUUGGUUAUAGACAUUUGUUUGGUCAUGGUGUUCCAAAAUCUUGUAAAACUGCAGCCUUUUAUUAUGUAAAAGCAGCCGAAGAUGUUGCAGCUGAAUUUGAAGAUAGCAAGAUCCCAUUAAUUGAUCAUGUUCGAUUGAAUGACGAAAUUGCAAUUCAUAACAAACAAUCUCAAGAAGAUAUUAUGGACUAUUAUCAAUAUUCAGCAAGCAAAGGAUCUUCCUCUUCAAUGCUUGUAGUUGGUUAUGCUAACUUGUAUGGAAUUCGAGGUGUGGAACAAAAUAUAGAUGCUGCUCGAAGACUUUUUGAACAAGCAGCAGAGGCAGGAGAAUAUGAAGCAUAUGGUGCCUUGGGUAACAUGUUUUGGAAGGGUGAUGGAGUAAUGAGGAAUAAUGAAACUGCUUUUAAAUACUUUAAAAAGGGAGCAGAUAAAAAAGAUGCAUCCUCGUUGAAUGGACUUGGAAAAAUGUAUUUGGAGGGAGCUGUAGAUCAAGAAGGAAAUGUGAUUAUCGAGCAAGAUUAUGAAAAGGCAGCUGGUUAUUUUAACAAGAGUGCUGCCCUUGGUAAUUCUGAAGCUCAUUACAAUAUGGGUGUACUCUAUAUGGAAGGAAAGGGAGUUAAAAGAUCGUACAAACAAGCAUUCCAACAUUUUGCUAUUGCAGCACAACAUGGACAAGUGCUUGCAAAAUACCAACUAGGAAAUAUGCACCUUUAUGGAUUGGGCACUAACCCCAAUUGCGAUGUUGCUGUGAAAUUCUACAAGUCAGUGGUAGAGAAAGCUUCAUGGACCUCUGUCAUGGAAACAGCAUUUGAGAACUAUGUGAACGGAGAAGAUCAACAUACUGCCUUAUUGCUCUAUAUGCAUGCUGCAGAGUUAGGAAUUGAGGUUGGGCAAGCAAAUUUGGCUUUCAUGUAUGACAGAGGAUAUGGUCUCGAAGAAAUUAUCAAGGGUUUGCCUGAGGAAAAACAAGAAUUGUUAAAGUUCAAGGGAGCCAUAAAGUGGUACCAACAUGCUGCUGAACAAGGAAAUGUAGAUGCAUACGUAAAAGUAGGAGAUUAUUACUAUUAUGGAUCUUCAGCAUUGACUUCAUCAUCAUCCAUUGAGAAUUUGGAACAAUCCUAUGAAAAAAGUCUAUACUUUUACAGAAGGGCAAAAGAUUUGAAUAAUGCCCAGGCCAUGUUCAACUUGGGAUAUAUGCAUGAACACGGAAGGGGACUCCCACAAGAUUUCCAUUUGGCUAAACGACACUAUGACAUGGCUGCCGAGGCUGAUCCAGUGGCGUAUGUUCCAGUCUUGUUGGCGCUUGGAAAGCUUUAUGUACACUGGGGAUUUUCUCUUGCUAAAGAUUACAUUUCUAGUUUAUUUGGCCAAGAUCAAAGUGAUUCGUCAGUUAUCGAUGAUGAUGAUGAUUAUCCUGCUUCAUUUUCAGAGUUAUUCAAGAAUUGGAUUGCCAGUUAUGAGGAUUAUCUAUUAGCACUACUCAUUGGAGGGUUGUUGCUACUGAUAUUUGUGAGGUAUAUUGUCACUGUUCAACCCCCAACCAGGAGAGGAGCAAGAAGAGAGAGACAGCAGGUUGACAAUGACGUUCAUGGUGAAGACCAGCGAAAUCAGGAGUAA